AAAUAUGUAGCUUUAUUCGUAGGUUUUAACCUUAUUUACUACCAAUAUACCCAAAGCAUGAUUUUCUUAGCACAUACACAAAUUACCAUAACAUAUCAUAGGUGCACACUUCCAUUUGGCCUUUAAAAUAACAGAAAACAUAACUGCUCAUUUUUUUCAACCAUUUUAUAUGGCAUAAUUUGUUUUUUAUGAAUGUGGUGUCAAUAAAAUAGUCACGAUUGAAUAACAUGUGAAAGAAGAGAUCAAAUUGAGUUUUAGAUACGAUUUCAGAAAUAAUUUGUUUGUUCUGAUAAUAAAUUUUUUUUUUCUCAUUUCUAAAUAUUUAUUAAUUGACUUAGAGGUAUACAGGUAAACAUAACAAGGUUCUAGGUAGUUUCAUAGUUUUUGGACGAGCACCGUGCCUUCUGCUUUUUCGAAAAUUAAUACUUUUCAAUGUUAUAGGUAUAUUUCGUUGGCAUUUGUAUUCCUUUGCUGUCAUUCCAUUUGUACUUUGAAAAAUGUAAGCACCUCUGUGUUGGACUGUUUUUUUUGUGGGCCAAUAUAUGUGGUUUAGUUUCAUCGCUCUUUAAUUGUGUAUUAUGAGAAGUUCCAAUAUACGGGAGUUCCCCUUUUUCAGAUUAUGAAGCGGUGUGGCCACAAAGAAAACUUCUGGCGGUCGCCAGUGUGCAUCCAAUAACUUUAUCGAUCUUUUUGUAAAGCGGAUGCCUUGACGAUAAUAUAUGACACAUUUUCUCGAUAUUUUAGUACGUUUAAGGAGUAAGUCGCAUUUCCUGCCGGUCUUAAUUUGGCCACUCUAUUCCAAAAACUGCAGAGUCUGACAAUAAGAAAGUUGAACAUUAUUUAGACUACCGUUUAAUAUGAAUAAUCCUUCAAAUAAUCCUUUCUCCGCCGAUGGCAGGUCUAAUAGAAUUUUGGAUCUGCGUAAACAUAGCCUCUUCUCGGAUAUAGUCAUCCGCAUUGGGAGCUCCAAUUUUAAAUGCCACAAGAUCGUUUUGGCCUGUGCCUCGCAGUUUUUUGAAAUGCUAUUUCAAAGAGAAGGUUUGCAAACGGGAGAAGUCGUAUUGCAGGACACAACGCCCGAUAUUUUUGAAAUAUUUCUUGACUACAUUUACACAAGAGACGUCGACGUGUUGAAUUGUCUUGAAACCGAACUACUGCUAUCGCUUUUUAAGUGUGCGAAUAUGUGGCUGGCAUGCGAAGUAGAGAAAAUUUGCGAACAAAUUUUUUUAAAUCGAAUUGAUGCAAUGAAGCCUGCGGAAUUGGUACAACUUUUUGCUGUCUCCUUUCAUCUGGGAAAAGAAUUUUUGUAUCCCCGCACUAUUGGGAUGUUACAUAAGAAAAGAAGUAUUGUCUGCCCGGAAACCUUAAAAUUGGGAAUCGACUGUUUCAUGAAGUAUUUUGAGAUGACUUGUGAGAUGACUGAAGGGGAGCGUUUUGAUAUGCUGGACAAAUGGGUAAACAAAAAUAUGCCCGAAGUGACUGGAGUUGUUGUGUUCUCAGUGCAUGGAAAAAGCAACCCAAAAAUUGAAGACUUUCCAUCCGUCACGGAUUUUGACAAGAUUACUGUUAUGUUGAAUGAUAUUGACUUAACCGAAAUGUCGUUUUAUGAAUUUUACUGCCAAGCUGCAAAGUCAAAUUUGUUGAAUCAUUCAGACCAGAUAGAAUUAAUGUAUCAAAUUGGUAUUAAAUAAUUUAAUUGGUAAUUAAAAAAUGUAAAAUUUGAUAAGAAAAAGGCAAAUUUGUCUGUGUAUUUCCAUAUGUAUGAUUGACUUUUUGGCAUUUAGCUUUUUAACAAGCCUGAAAUUAAAACUAACAAGGGACAGGGAAUUAUUUUAAAUAAAGGAAAGUCCUGUAAUGGUAAAAAAUUCAUUUAAAAUCCUAAGUCUCUGAAAAGUUGCUAACCUGGUUAAAUAUAUUCUAGGGCAUACACGAAAUAAAAGUCGCCCAAGUGGUAUGAAACUUAAACAAUUUAAAAAUCAUAACAAACGUUAGUUACAAGUUUUUAUCUCUAGUAUAACUAAUUUGGUAAAAUCAUUUCUUUUCUGCCAUGUGAUUUUCAUACUUCAUAAGUAUAACAUGUUUGCUUCACUGAGCUAUAAACAGAAAAGCAAAACUAUACAUAUGUAUGCCUGCAAGGGAAUUAAAAACACAUUCCAUAGGAAAAUGGGCCUUUGUUUUUGAGAUAUGGGAAUGCAUAUACAACUUGGA